AUGCCAUCGACCAAGUAUGAGAACAUUGACUUCUCUAAGUAUGGAUCAAAUGUGCAUGAAUCUGAUGGCCUCCAAGACGCGCACUAUGCGAGGAGAAGUAGCUCUCAAGGGCAAUGGAUUCAGAAUCCUCGAGUAUUGCAGUGUGUGAACAACAUCCAACUCGGAGCGAAGAUGGGUGCGACAGUCGGCGGUUGCUUCGGCCUGUUGACUGGAGCAUGGGUGGCAGUCACGCAGAGAAAUCUCUUGGUAUUGCCUGUCUCUGUGGUUGGCGGUGCUAUCAGUUUUGGCUUCUUCCUCGGAUGUGGGAUGAUUAUCAGGUGUGAAGAGAAAUCCGACCGUGCCAGCUCUCUCGAAUUGGAUACAAAGCUUGAUGCCAAAGCCGCAGUGCCCAGCCAGCCGAGACCGCAGCUUUCAUUCAGACCCAACGCCCAGAUUGCAAGGCUAUUGCAGCCACCUGAAGCUGAAUGAUGCUGUUUUGUUUUCAAGACCUCAUGUGAAACUCGAAGCAAAUUCACAAAUGCCCGCCGUCCUCGUAUAUGUAAGUAUGGUCCAGACUAGUGCACAAAGGAG